AUGCUUUUCAGUCAACUGCUUGCUAAUCGUAUUUUACAAGCUGAAUUACAAGAACGGACAGAAAAAUGUAAUCAGCUGUGGUUUGGUUGUCAAACACAGUUUGGUGAGAUGGAAAGGCUUCAUCUACAUAUACAAAAACUCCAGACUGAAUUGGCUGAUGUAAGAGAAAAGAGUGCAAGUAAAUCUGAUGUAUCAAGUGUCUCACAAACAGGUUUGAAGGAUGCUUCUCAUGUUGGACGGAGCAAUGAUAGCCAAGUGAACGGAAAUUUUACGCCACUGGAGAAAUCUGGCAUCAUAUUUGAUUAA